AUGUGGAAGGCCCACGUCUCCAAGAUCCACCUGGGCUGCAAAAAAAAUCUGAAGGACCAGAUUCUGACGACAAACGUGUGGGUGGAGCAUGAGUGGCUGGACUACAGGUUUAUAUGGGACCCGUUUGAAUACGGGGGUGUGACGGAGUUGUACGUGCCAGCGGAACACAUAUGGCUGCCAGACAUAGUGUUAUAUAAUAAUGCUGACGGUGAGUACGUCAUCACGACGUUGACCAAGGCGGUCAUCCACAGCGAGGGACGGGUGGUGUGGCACCCCCCGGCCAUCUUCAAGUCCUACUGCGAAAUCGACGUUCGAUACUUUCCCUUCGACCAGCAGAAGUGCUUCAUGAAGUUUGGCAGCUGGAGCUAUGGGUCUUCGAUUGAUCUGCGGCACAUCAAGCAGUCAAGGGAAUCCAACCACGUGGAGCUGGGCAUCGACCUUAAGGAGUACUAUCCGAGCGUCGAGUGGGACAUUCUCAAAGUGCCAGCCACCCGGAACGAGAAGUUCUACCCCUGCUGCACGGACCCAUUCCCAGAUAUCUAUUUUAACAUGACCCUUCGCCGGAAGACGUUGUUCUACACCGUGAACCUCAUCAUCCCGUGCGUGGGGCUCUCGUACCUGUCGGUGCUCGUGUUCUACCUGCCGGCCGACUCCGGCGAGAAGGUCGCCCUCUGCAUCACCAUCCUGCUCUCGCAGACCAUGUUCUUCCUGCUCAUAUCGGAGAUCAUGCCGUCCACCUCGCUGGCCGUGCCGCUACUCGGAAAGUACCUGCUCUUCACCAUGAUUCUGGUCAGCAUCUCUGUCAUUUCCACGAUCGUCAUUCUCAACAUCCAUUACCGCAAGCCGUCCACGCACAAGAUGGCGCCAUGGGUGCGCCGCUUCUUCAUCCACAAGCUGCCGCCAUUCGUCCUGAUGAAGGUGCCCGAGGAGUCGUCCACCACGUCCCCGUUCGAGAUCAAGCCCAACGGCUUCCACGGCUACCAGCGGGCGCCCACGGACCUGGAUGAGGGCGUUCGACUGCAUGCGCUCAACUACUUCGAUGACGAAAAGAAGUACCCGUUUGAGAUUGAGCGGGCUAUUCAGAACGUCAAAUUCGUGCACCAUUGCUGGAAAAUCCAGGAUCAGUACGACGAGGAGGACCAGGACUGGGCGUUCAUCGCCAUGGUCAUGGACCGCGUGCUGCUGCUGAUCUUCAGCGUGGUCUCGCUGCUCGGCACGUUCGUCAUCCUGUGCGAGUCGCCGUUCCUGUACGACACGACGCCGGCGAUCGACAUCCAGCUGUCGGAGGUGGCGCACCAGAUGGACAUGUUCGGCGACGCGUGAGGCGGCCGCCCCUGCCGGCUCGCGCUCGUCGC